AUGGGCCAACUGCCGACUGCACGAGUCUCCCCGUCUCGUCUGUUCUCGCACACGGGUGUGGACUUCGCUGGACCCGUCCUGUUUUCAAGAGGACGAGGCGCCAAAACAACCAAAGGCUACAUCGCCGUCUUUAUUUGCACUGUCACGUGGGCAGUUCACCUCGAGGGAGCCUCUGACCUUUCAACCCAUGCUUUUCUUGCAGCCUACUCUCGUGUCACUGCACGCCGUGGAGUUUGCGCUGUGCUGUACUCGGACAACACCACGAACUUCAAAGGCGCAGCUUCCGAGCUUCAGCGCAUGCUGGCCAGCUCUUCAUUUGCUCCAAACAUCUCCGAGAAGCUGGCAGCUCAAGGGACGGACUGGUCCUUCAUCCCCCCUCGAGCUCCUUAUUUUGGUGGGCUUUGGAAAGCCGCCUUCCGAAGCGCAAAGUAUCACCUCAAGCGCGUGAUUUGCGAGACCAGGCUCACCUUCGAGGAACUGUCGACGUUGUGCGCCAAAAUUAAGGCCUGCCUUAACUCAAGGCCCCUGUGCGCCUUGAGCAAUGAAGUUACGGGCGAGCUCGCCCUCACUCCGGCACAUUUCCUGGUUGGCUCUGCGCUGCUCUCUCACCCUGAGCCAUAUGACGAAGCGCAGAGGCCAAUGUCACCUUCCAACCGCUGGAAGCUACUUGUCAACCUUCGUAACUCAUUUUGGUCCAGCUGGAGAAAGGAAGUCCUGCAUCAGCAUCUCAAGCGAUGCAAGUGGCAGACUCCUCGAACGAAUUUACAAGAAGGAGACGUCAUUCUCGUGCGUGAUGGACUCGCGCCCCCAGCCACCUGUCCCUUGGGUGUGGUAAUUGCCACGCACGCCAGGGCGGAUAACCUUGUGCGCGUAGCCACGGUGAAGACGGCUGCCUCGACGCUUUCGCGACCGAUUGUGAAGCUUGUUAAACUGUUAACUCAACACGAGCUCGAGAAGUGCUAUUCCGAGCAAUCAAAAUAA